AAAUAAACUGUCCCAACUUGAUUGAAUGGUUGAAUAAACAAUGACGCUGAGGGAACUCCAUUCAAAGAAAACAACCACGGUUGUGAUUGCUCAUUUACAUUCAUGUGUUCGAUCAACUCAUGUUGCUGAACAUAUCAAACCGUCUCGAACACUCUUUUGAUUGUGAGUGAAGUUAUUCAAACUGAGCUUUCAUUUCGAUCCGAUUCGAUUCGAUGCGAAAACGGUCAUUUCGUUCAUAUCAAACUAAACGACUGCAUCAACAAAAAUCGUGUAAGAAACCGAGAGUGGUUGAAUUUUUGCAUACUCGUUGCAGCCCUCUGGUGUAGACACUAUCUAGUGACUGCCAUCGGAUAAAACAGUGAUAGUUCGCAAUAAUCUACAUUUCUACAUUUGGUAAACAAGGUACAGUUGUUCGACGACGGUAGCCAAUGGGCAGUAGAGCGAUUACUGCAGAGAAAAUUAGAUAUAGCAGCGAAGCCGCCAAUUCGCCGUGGCUGAACCCUGGCUUUAAAUGGGAUGCGCUGAGCGAAUUUGGGAAGAGUGAGUAAAGAACGUCCAUCGUGCGCGGACAUUAAAUCGGAAGACGGCGAUAGCAAAGUCUCGGGAAAUAUCGGCGGUGGAAAAAAAAAAGUGAAUUGCUGGCAGCUGGUGGACAAAAUCUUUGGAUUUUUUCCCGUUUCAUAAGUCCACGAAGAAAGAGAGACGAAAAGAUUACAUUGCUCUCACGGAAGGUUUCACUUGCAGGUUUUUGUGACAUGUUUCAGUUUGCGUAUGACACCCUCAAGGCGUGGCAGAUGGAAAAUUAUGUUAACCGUCUGAAAUGAAAAUGAGAAAAAAAUGUAAAACCGUUCUCAAAUCUACAUAAAAAACAUGCAACUACCAGCCAACCUUUAUGGCGCCCGAGACAUGGCUUUUUAUUUCAUAAUCUGCCAUGAAUCCGAAAAACAAAAUUUCCUCUCUGCCGCUACUAGCAUUAUUGUAUGUGGUACACACUAGCAGUGCCGACACAAUAAAUUCCUGCAAAUUUGAAGACACGAUAGACUUAAGGCUUGCCCAUAGAUUCCCCAAUGGAUCCUAUUUAUAUGAAAGCAAAAUUUUCAUACCUGCCAAGCAAGUUGUAAUGUACGAUUAUGAAGAAGUUGCUGAUGAUGGCAAACGCAUUCCCAUAGAACCGCAUGCACGUGCUUGUAUUUGUGAUGGAGAAAACAAUUGUCUGCAAUUUUGUUGUCAACAAUCCACGGGGAUGUAUAUUACCAAUCCCAACAUUGGCUGUGAAACAAAUGGUUUGGAAGAUUUCGAAUUGUUUUCGGAUAAACCGUGUCAAAACCUCAAUUCGAUGAAUAUGGAGUGGAACUUAUAUGCCAAUGGAACACUGUCAAUACAGAAUGGAGAAACUCUUUUGUCACCGCAGGACUAUUGCCUGAUGUUGACACCAAAAAAGAGUGGCAUAGAUAUGAUAUUGACUCCCAUGUUGUGUUUAACGAUAAACAACGAGGAGAUCAGCCGGGAUGUUGUAAUUAUUAAUUUAUUUUCACCUGUAGGAGGAAUACUCAUGUACAUCUAUAUGGCCAUUCAACGAGUAAGAAAAAUUGAACGAUCGCUGUUGCUAUACACAAUUUUUGGCAGUAUCUUUCAAUGGCUUGUCGAAACGUAUAAUUCAACAAUUCCACCAUGUUUGUGUUUACUCUUGGGUUAUGGUGGCUAUUUUUUUCAGACGGUCCAACAUUCCUGGUUAAAUGUAAUAUAUUUUAAUUUAUACCAACGGCGAGUGGCAACGGCAAGAACUUCUCAGACGGAUGAUAAACGUUUUGCUGUAUAUGCCGUGGGCAUACCAAUGGGUUUGACUAUAAUUUUAUUAACAUUGGAUUAUUUAAAUAUUUCAAGUGAAUUUAAGUCGGGAAUUAGUGGAGAUUUUUGUUGGAUAAGCCCCUACAACUGGCCAUCAUUGAUAUUUAGUUCUGGCCUAAAUGCCACUCUUCUAUGUCCGGAUUACUAUUACCUUGUUACUGUUUUUAGAACUCUGAAGACCGAAAAGAAGCUGUCACCCCCAACCGAAUCGUACUAUUUUUAUGCUUACUUGCUUUUCGCGGUGACUAUAUGCUGUCUAAUUGAACUCAUAGCAAACAUAACACUUAUUUAUGAUUCACCAAGCGCAAAUUGGUUGGUUGAUCUAAGCAGAUUAUUUAAUGGCCCUCCUGUCAUUGUAAUAUUUUUGCUAUUUGGAUUGAAAUGGAGACAUCGUUGUGAUCGAUAUUUUCCUGAGGAUUACCACACCAAUGCUGCAGCAAUGGAAAUGGGAGAUAUUCUUCCUGUUCAACAUAAUUGUUAGCAACAUGGAGUUUUUAACGCUCCACCACUAUAUUUAUCAAAGUAAGAUUAAAUAAUAAAAGAGUAGAAUAUGUUAAAUUUGGAAUACCAAACCGUUUAUAUUAAAAUCAGCAAGUAAAAAACAGUAACCUCGGUCGGGCCUAACUUUGAAUACCCUAUAUACGAAAAUCUAAAUACGAAAUUUGGAACAACUCCGGUGAAUAAUGUCGCAUCGUCAUAAUACCGAAUAUUGGAAGUACGGUUGUAUGGAGGCAAUAGGAAGACGAGGGACUGCAUACUGAAUUUUUUGUCAUAGGCUGUAGUACCCAUUACGAAUUUUAAA